AUGUUAAUAUCAUUAAAAUCGAUAAUAGUUGUCACGCUUGCAGCGUUUGAUUUAGCAGCUGCCACAUUAGAGGAAGACAAGAAGAAGCAGUGCACAUUUACUUGCCCCAGUGACGCUAGCAGAACGGAAGCAGGUUGCGCGAAAAAAACAGAGUACUACGGCGGUAACGCGGUGAAAUGGGAAAUGGUAAUAGCAAACCCAACAGAAAAUCACAAAGACUUUUAUAAUUGCCUAGGCACCGGAAUGGCUUUUAGCACUUGCUGUGUUCCAGGCACCAUAAUCACAUCCAAAGGCAAGCCGAUGAUUUUUGACAGCGGAAAUGACCCUCGCAAGUACGCAAGAAGUUGCUCAGACACCAGGCCUGAGCAUAUGCAUAUUGAGGAGUUUCCAAAGGAUUGCAAGCCCCCAAAGUAG